AUGACAGACUCUGUGAUGGAAGUUGACAACCCUGGGGCUGCCAUUACGGAGCUCCAGAAUGGCGAAAUCGACGAAUCUCUCUACAGCCGGCAACUCUACGUCCUGGGCCACGAGGCUAUGAAGCGGAUGGGUGCGUCUAAUGUGCUCGUUGUCGGGCUGAAGGGCCUGGGCGUGGAGAUUGCGAAGAACAUUGCCUUGGCCGGCGUCAAAUCCCUGACCCUCUUCGACCCUCAGCCUGUUGCUAUUGCCGACCUUUCCUCCCAAUUCUUCCUCCGGUCUGCAGAUGUGGGCAAGCCCCGAGCAGAAGUGACCGCCCCGCAUGUGGCCGAGCUCAAUUCCUACACUCCCGUUACUGUCCACAAGGCCAAGGCAUUAACCGAUGACUUGAGCCAACUCAAAAAAUACCAAGUCAUCGUCCUCACAACCACAUCUCUGAAAGAUCAACUCACGAUCUCUGAUUAUUGCCACCAGAACGGCAUUUACCUAGUGAUUGCUGAUACGUUUGGUCUAUUCGGCUACAUCUUCACCGACUUUGGGAAGGACUUUACUGUAGGCGACAUCACCGGAGAGAAUCCCAUCAGCGGUAUUGUGGCGGAUAUUGAUGAGACUGGUCUGGUAUCUGCUCUGGACGAGACAAGACAUGGACUUGAAGACGGCGAUUAUGUGGAGUUUGCAGAAAUCAGAGGAAUGGAAGGUCUCAACGGAGCACCUCCUCGGAAGAUCACUGUCAAAGGCCCGUACUCGUUCUCUAUUGGCGAUGUCUCGGGACUGGGUAAAUAUGAAGGAGGCGGUCUUUUCUCCCAGGUCAAGAUGCCGAAGGUGCUUCAGUUCCAGUCGCUGUCAGAACAGAUCAAGAAGCCAGAAUUCCUCAUAUCCGAUUUUGCCAAAUUUGACCGACCAGCAAAGCUCCAUAUUGGCAUUCAAGCUCUCCAUGCUUUCAAGGAAAACAAGGGCGCCUUCCCUCGUCCACACAACGAGGAAGAUGCAAAGGAAGUCCUGGAAAUCACGAAGAAGUUGGCCAAGGAGAGUGCUGAGGAGGUCGAAAUUGACGAAAAGUUGAUCACCGAGCUAAGCUACCAGGCACAGGGUGACUUGAGCCCCAUGGCUGCGUUCUUCGGUGGUCUCGCUGCGCAGGAAGUGCUGAAGGCCGUGUCAGGGAAGUUCACACCGGUUGUACAGUGGAUGUACUUUGAUUCUUUGGAAUCCCUCCCUACUUCUGUGAACCGAAACGAGGAGCUUUGUAAGCCCACAGGUUCGCGAUAUGAUGGCCAGAUUGCGGUGUUUGGCAAGGAGUUUCAAGAGAAAAUCUCCAACGUGAAGAACUUUCUGGUUGGCGCGGGCGCCAUUGGAUGUGAGAUGCUCAAGAACUAUGCUAUGAUCGGUUUGGGUACUGGCCCCAAGGGUCACAUCACAGUCACAGAUAACGACUCCAUCGAAAAGAGCAACCUCAACCGUCAGUUCCUGUUCCGAGCAAAGGACGUUGGGAAACAGAAGAGCGAGGUUGCAGCGGCAGCAGCCCAAGCAAUGAACCCGGACCUCAAGGGGAAGAUAACGACAAUGACAGAUCGCAUCGGGCCCGACAGCGAGGACAUCUUCAAUGAGGCGUUUUGGCACGACCUGGACCUUGUCACAAAUGCUCUGGACAACGUCGAGGCUCGUACAUAUGUCGAUCGACGCUGUGUUUUCUUCAUGAAGCCUCUGCUGGAAAGUGGCACUCUGGGAACAAAGGGCAAUACCCAAGUCAUCCUCCCGCGUCUGACCGAGUCGUACUCUAGCUCGCAAGAUCCGCCCGAGCAGUCCUUCCCGAUGUGCACACUUCGCAGCUUUCCCAACAAGAUCGAACACACCAUCGCCUGGGCUCGAGACCUGUUCCAGUCAUAUUUUGUGGGACCACCGGAGACGGUCAAUCUUUACAUGUCACAGCCAGACUACAUCAACACCACGCUCCGGCAGCAAGGCAACGAGAAGCUGAUCCUGGAUAGUCUGAAAGAAUUCCUGGUUACCGACAAACCCAGUGAUUUCAAUGACUGCAUUGCCUGGGCCCGGAUGCAGUUCGAAAAGCAAUACCACAAUGCCAUCGCGCAGCUUCUCUACAACUUUCCCAAGGACUCGAAAACGUCGACUGGGGCUGAUUUCUGGUCAGGACCAAAACGUGCUCCCACGCCUCUCAACUUCGAUCCCUCGGACGAGACACAUAUGGGAUUUGUUGUGCACGGGGCAGCGCUACACGCCUACAACUAUGGCAUUCCCGUCCCCCAGCUCAAAUACGAGGACUACGUCAAAGUUCUGGACAGCAUGAUCAUACCCGAAUUCAAGCCCGACGCAAACGUGAAGAUCCAGACUGACGAGAAGGAGCCAGACCCCAACGGACCAGCACCGACUUUUGCAGAUGAUGCGGAAGAGCUGGACAAGAUCAUCGCCGAACUGCCCACUCCUAAGAGUCUGCCCGGCUUCCGACUCAAUGUUGUGGAGUUUGAGAAGGACGACGACACCAAUCAUCACAUCGACUUCAUCACUGCCGCGAGCAAUCUCCGAGCAUUGAAUUACAACAUUCCAAUUGCCGACCGUCACAAGACGAAGUUCAUCGCUGGCAAGAUUAUUCCUGCUAUCGCCACUACCACGGCCCUCGUUACUGGACUGGUGGUUCUGGAGCUAUUCAAGGUCGUGGACGGCAAGACGGAUCUCGAACAGUACAAGAACGGCUUCGUCAAUCUUGCACUACCGUUCUUUGGAUUUAGCGAACCCAUUGCCAGUCCCAAGGGCACGUACCAGGGCAAGGAGGGCGAAGUGACCAUUGACAAGCUCUGGGAUCGCUUCGAGGUGGACGACAUUACUCUGACCGACUUCUUGAAACAUUUUGAGAAUCUGGGGUUGAGUGUGACGAUGGUGAGCUCUGGAGUUAGCUUGCUGUACGCCAGUUUCUACCCUCCCAGCAAGACCAAGGAUCGGCUGCCUCUCAAGAUGAGCAAGCUGCUCGAGACCAUCAGCCGGAAACCAAUCCCAGAACACCAGAAGAAUAUCAUUUUUGAGAUUACUGCCGAGGAUACCACCGAAGAGGAUGUUGAGAUUCCGUAUGUGAUGGUCAAGUACAAGAAAGACUGA